UCUGCUCUUUCUUAUUUUCUUGAUUUUAGAUGGAAAGAGGCAGAAGAGAGAAGGCAAUAAUAUUACUGGUUGUGACUCUUUCAACAUGUUUCUCUGCUUAUGGACAAGAAAUGAUCACUGAUCCAAAAGAAGUGAGGGCGCUAGAGGCCAUUCAUGGGAGACUCGAAGAUUCACUGGGCUAUUUGAGGCAUUGGGUGAAGGAGAAAGACCCAUGCACUCAUUGGUUUUUUGUGCGCUGCAUUCAAAACCAAACGGAAGGGUAUCAGCAUGUUCAAGAAUUGCGUCUGAUGAAUUUGUCCCUAUCUGGUACGCUAGCUCCUGAGCUUGGCCAACUUAAACAUAUGGAAAUUUUGAAUUUCAUGUGGAACAACAUUAGCGGCAACAUACCUAAGGAGAUAGGCAGCAUCACUGCUCUAACCCUACUGCUUUUGAGUGGAAAUCAUAUAUCAGGUUCUUUACCAGAAGAGCUUGGUUAUCUUCCUAACUUGGUUAACUUUCAGUUGGAUUCAAAUGAUAUAUCAGGACCAAUACCAAAAUCGUUUGCAAACUUGCCAAAAGUUGCACAUUUCCAUAUGAAUAACAAUUCUAUAAGCGGUCAAAUUCCUCCAGAGCUGUCUGUUUUACCUCUUCGACACUUCCUUCUGGACAACAACAACUUAUCAGGUCACCUUCCACCAGAGCUUGCACGGAUGCCGAGCUUAAAGAUGCUUCAACUUGACAACAAUAACUUUGAAGGCUCUGUGGUUCCGGCUUCUUACAGCAAUAUGUCCAAACUCGUGAAGUUGAGUCUUAGGAACUGCAACUUGCAAGGAACAGUUCCUGACCUGAGCACAAUACCAGGCCUUCUGUACUUGGACCUUAGCAGAAACCAACUCACGGGAAAUAUACCUUCCAAUAAGCUGUCUGAUAAUAUCACUACCAUCAUUCUGUCAGGAAACAUACUUAAUGGUUCUAUUCCUUUGAACUUUUCUGCCCUUCCAAAUCUGCAAAGGCUGUCACUCAACAAUAAUAGGUUAAGUGGUUUUGUGCCAACUACCAUUUGGGAGAAUAAGACAUUUUCCCCAGAUGCAAAACUUAUAUUGAACCUUCAACGUAAUUUACUCUCAGAUAUUUCAGGGAUUCUUGAUCCUCCUCCAAAUGUCGAUAUUAUGCUUUAUGGAAAUCCUGUAUGUGGAAAUGCAAAUGAGCGUCAGAUUACCCAAUUUUGUAAACCAAAAGAUGGAGAUGAAGAGUAUGGAGUCUUUAACAAUUCCAUUCCAAGUUGUGCAGCCCAGCAGCCUUGCAACAGUUAUUCCGAACAUGUCCCAACAUUAGCGGAUGGCUGCUUUUGUGCAGCACCUUUUGGAGUUGGUUUUCUUUUAAGAAGCCCUAGCUUUUCAGACUUUCCGCCACAUUACAGUGACUUUGAGCAGUGGAUAAAAGACAGUGUUAACUUGAAUAUUUAUCAGAUAUACAUUCAUUCUGUUGCAUGGCAAAGCGGUCCUAGGCUUAGGACGUUUUUGAAAUUUUUCCCUCCACGUAUAAAUGAUUCCAAUGAUUUUGCCAAAUUUAAUGACAGUGAGAUAGUACGGAUCGCAAACGUAUUUGCCACCUUUAAUCUUACUGGAAGUGAUGUCUUUGGCUCAUAUGACCUGCUCAAUUUCACUGCCAUGGGAUAUAGUUCUGCCCUUUUUCCCCCGUUGGGGGGAGGGGGAAGCAGAGUAAACAUAGGCACCAUGGCUGGAAUUGUCUUUGGAUCCUUAUGUGCUGCAGCUGUGCUACUUAUGGCCAUAAUAUUCGUGUUUCUUAAAAUGCGUCGAAGGUUCCACGUUUCAAAAGAUCAAUCAUUGCCAAAAUUUCCAAUGCGAAUAGAAGGUGUUAAGGCAUUGGGUUUUAAGGAAUUAGAGGCAGCAACUAACAGUUUUAGUAGUACAACUAUAAUUGGUCAAGGAGGCUAUGGAAAGGUCUACAAAGGCAUUUUGGCAGAGGGCACAAUAGUGGCAAUAAAACGUGCACAACAAGGCUCAUUACAGGGGGAAAAAGAGUUCUAUACUGAGAUAGAAUUACUGUCACGUUUGCAUCACCGAAAUCUGGUUUCUUUGGUGGGAUACUGUAAUGAAGGAAUUGAACAAAUGUUGGUGUAUGAGUUCAUGCCAAAUGGUUCCUUACAUGAUCUUCUCUCUGCUAGAUAUGAGCAACGUCUGAGUCUUGGAACAAGGUUAUACAUUGCUUUAGGUGCUGCCAGGGGCAUCCUCUACCUCCAUUCUGAAGCUGAUCCUCCAAUAAUCCAUCGUGAUAUCAAGCCAAAUAACAUACUGUUGGACUCCAAGUUCACCGCAAAAGUUUCUGAUUUUGGAAUCUCAAGGCUUGCACCAUUACCUGAUGCUGAAACGAGUGGAAAUGUUUCAACUGUUGUGAAAGGAACUCCUGGCUACCUUGAUCCUGAGUACUUCUUUACUCACAAGUUGACAGAGAAAAGUGAUGUUUACAGCCUUGGUAUUGUAUUUCUGGAGCUUUUAACAGGGAUGCGACCUAUUUCUCAUGGAAGGAACAUCGUCCGGGAGGUGAAUGCAGCAUGCCAAUCAGGGAUGAUGUCUUCUAUAAUAGACAAGAGUAUAGGUCCAUAUUCCUCAGAUUGUGUCAAGAAAUUCCUGGAUUUGGCCGUGAAGUGUUCACUGGAUGAACAACAGGACAGACCGUUUAUGCUGGAGGUGGUGAGAGAGUUAGAGAACAUAACUUGCAUGCUUCCAGCAAUUGACAAUAAUAAUAUUGCACCUGAUUUAGAUGUUUCCACAUCACCAACUUCAGUUUAUUCCAGACACACUACAACCUACACGACCAUGGAAGGAAUUGAGCUUGUGAGCGGUGUCAUUCCCUCCAUCAGGCCUCGUUGAUGUUUUUAAGGACUUGCUAUAUACCCUUCCUUUACCAACAUGUUAAUGGUCAAAAUUCUGAAGUAUUAGAAGUUCAGUAUUAGUAAGUCUGAGGUAUGUAAAUAUAUAUAUGCAGUUUGAAUCAAUACUGAGAGGAUAAAAAGACUUGCUUGUAUAUAUUGGUUAUAAAAAAAAAAGACUUGUAUAUAUGUUGUUGUUCCAUUCAGAAGAGAAGUGAUUUUAUCAUUUCAUGUAAGAGUUUUUUUAAAUGAAUACAGAAAACAGUUUGUUUGUAGUAAUCAAUUACUGAAAAUAUUACCAAA